AUGAAGAACAUUGCCGCCAAAAGGAUUAGCAAAGAUCUUAGGCUUCUUCUUGAGGAUGUUACGGCAAGUAGUGAAGGCAAAAACAGGUGCGUAACACAGUCCGCCGUUAUUAUUGCCGUUGACGUGGAGAACGUCUAUAGUUGGGUUCUGAAAGCGAAAGCUCCCGCCGCUAGCGUCUACGGUGGCGCGGACCGCGUGUACGAACUCACGGUGCUCUUUUCCGUGGACUAUCCACAUGAUCCACCAACCGUGCGUUUUCUUACCCCAAUAUACAGCCCCUUGGUGACAAAAGAAGGCGUGAUUUGUGAUCAGAUGGUUCGCAUCAACUGGACCCCUGACAUGCAAGCCUCUGACGCCGUACGCCUCGUCUUGGAUAGAGUGUUUUCCCAAUACAAUAAACACCAUGAGGACGAUGUCUAUCCUGAGGCCCGGCACUGUUUAGAAAAUUGUCCAGAGGACUAUGCUGAAAGAGUGCGACGUGGUCGUUGA